CAGAAGAACUGGGCGGCGCUGCAGGCCGAGCCCGCUAAGUGCGACUACCUGCGGGAGGAGGUCGGCGGCAGGAUAGCGGACAGGGUGUUUGACAUCCCCAGAACAUUUCCUCUGGCUUUGGAUGUUGGCUCUGGAAGAGGUUACAUAGCUCAGCAUUUAACCAAGGAAACAGUUGAAAAACUUAUUCAAGUUGAUAUUGCGGAGAAUGCUUUAAAAAACGCCAUAGAAUCUGAAAUCCCUACGGUCAGUGUUGUAGCUGAUGAGGAAUUCCUUCCUUUCAAAGAAGAUACGUUUGAUCUUGUUGUUAGCAGUUUAAGUUUACAUUGGGUGAAUGACCUUCCUAGAGCUUUUAAAGAGAUUCACCAGGUUCUGAAGCCAGAUGGAGUAUUCAUUGGCGCAAUGUUUGGGGGAGACACUCUGUAUGAGCUUCGCUGCUCUUUGCAGCUGGCAGAAUUGGAGAGAGAAGGGGGAUUUUCUCCUCACGUAUCACCGUUCACUGCUGUCUCUGAUUUGGGACAUCUGCUGUCGAGAGCUGGCUUUAACACCCUGACUGUGGAUACUGAUGAAAUUCAAGUCAACUACCCAGGGUUGUUUGAGGUUAUGGAAGACUUGCAAGGUAUGGGGGAGAGUAAUUGCUCUUGGAAUAGAAAACCCCUGCUACACAGGGAGACGAUGUUGGCAGCUGCUGCAAUAUACCAAGAAAUGUAUGGAAAUAGCGAUGGCUCAGUACCUGCCACGUUUCAGAUCUAUUACAUGAUUGGCUGGAAAUUCCAUGAAUCACAGGCAAGACCAGCCCAGAGAGGUUCUGCAACAGUUUCGUUUGGAGAUUUGGCAAAAAUAAAUGGACUUAUUUCAAGAGGAAAAAAAUAGUUCUUCAUCAGAAAUUGUAGUUGUCUUGAAGCUUCUAUAAAACUUCUCAUUGCA